AUGGAAAACAAGAUUCUCGGAGGCCCAAGGAACUUUAAAAACUUGAAGCGGCAGAGCCUAGGAGUUCGUCAACCGACUGCUCCGCCGUUCCCAUUCUAUGGAAACACAGCCCGAAGAUCCGACAAACACAACACCACACGUGCUGCCUGCUCCACACCACGGCACACACCAGGCUGUCACCCCGCUCGGCUCAGCCCGGCUCCGGUCUCCGCGCACUCGGCACAGCCCGGAGUGCGCGCCCGGCGCCGGGAGCGGCGGGCGGGCGGACGGCGGGCGCGCCCCCGAGGGAGAGCGGGCGAGCCCGCACAGCAGCCCCAGGCUCCGCGGCCUGGCCGCUCUCCACCCGUGAGCGCCGGCUCCCGGAGUGGGUCUCCGGCAGAGCGAGGGCGGCGAGCCGUGGGCGCGGACCGGGCGGGCGGGCGGCGCGGGCUGGGCCGCGGAGUCGGACGCGAGGGGGCGGCCGCGGCGCCCAGCCCGAGGCCUGGCGCAGAGCAGCGGGAGGCGGCGCAGGCCGCGACGGGGCCUGCAGCAGCCCGCCGACCCCGCGAGGCGCCGAAGGAGACUACGGGGCGGCUCAGCCUCGGGCUCGGCAGCUGGGAGCGACCGGGGGCGGCCCCUCGGCUACUUACCUGGGGGGAAGACAACCGGGAUCCCGGGGGCCCGGGCCGGACCGCGGAGAUGCCCCAAACUGACACGGCCGCCAUCUUGGAGACAGAUUAGGUCUUUCUGCUUUCCAAUGACUUCCACAACCACCGACAAGAAUUCUACAAAGAAAUGGAAAGUAAACGCUUUGUGUAGUAUUACACCUGUAACCCAGUACUUGCAAUGCUGAGGCCAGAGAGUUGGUUCAAGUUUGAGGCCAGCCUGUCUCAAAACUA